GAAGUGGGCGCUGCCGCACUAGCACUAGUUUGAUGAUUACCUCCAACAACUAAAUUAAACUAAGCAAAGGACGAAAAAGACAAUCACAUCACGAGUCACAUGCUGUCAGUCGACUGCAAUAAUAUUUUAAAUACGUAAGCUUAUGUAUGCUCUUACGCCAUCGCCACUCUGCGGCCAGCUGGAACUGUCCUCUAUAUUUAUCCAAAGUCCCAGCACCCUCAAAGUCACAGCAAUGGGUUCCAAAACUCCUCAGCUUCACUUUGUGUUGAUUCCCUUCAUGUCCCAAGGCCACCAUAUCCCCAUGGUGGACAUAGCAAGAAUCUUGGCACAGCGUGGCGUGACCGUCACCAUUGUCACCACACCACUCAAUGCCACCCGAUUCCACGUGAUCAUCGACCGCGACAUCGAAUCUGGCCUCCCAGUCCAUCUUGUCCAGUUCCAGUUUCCGACUUCUGAGGCUGGCUUGCCCGAAGGAUGCGAGAGCUUGGACACUGUCCCCUCUAUAGGGUUGCUGAAGAACUUCUUUGUUGCGCUUCGGAUGUGGCAGCAGCCCCUCGAACGAUGGCUGGAGGAGAUGAAUCCCAGUCCAAGUUGCAUAAUAUCUGAUAAGUUAAUCUCAUGGAUGGCCCAUAUUGCCAGCAAGUUUCGAAUUCCAAGGCUUACUUUUGACGGAACAAGCUGCUUCACCGUCUUGUGCAGCCACAGUUUGUACAGCUCUAAGGUCUACGAACAUGUCUCUGAUGAGGAGCGCUUCGUUGUGCCUGGUUUGCCCGAUCAUAUCGAAUUUACCAGAGCACAGCUUCCGGGAUCCUUUAAUCCUGGCGCGCUGGAUUUGAAAGAUGUCCGCGAAGAAAUAAAAGAAGCUGAAAAAAGUGCAUAUGGGGUUGUGGUCAAUAGUUUCGAGGAGCUGGAACCGGCGUAUGUCAAAGAAUGUCGAAAAUUGAACGAGAACAAAUUUUGGUGCAUUGGACCCGUGUCAUUGUGCCACAAGGAGAAGGAUAAGGCUCAGAGAGGUAACAAGGCCUCCAUUGAUGAGCAGCAGUGCUUGCAGUGGCUUGAUUCAUGGCCUGCUGGCUCUGUGAUUUAUGCUUGUCUUGGCAGCGUCAGUCGACUAACAUCACUACACUUGAAAGAGCUUGCUUUAGGCCUUGAAACAUCGAACCGACCAUUCAUUUGGGUUGUAAGAGGAAGUGAGAUCGACGAGCUGGAGAAAUGGAUAGUGGAAGAAAGAUUUGAAGAGAGAGCAGAUGGGAGGGGUCUUUUGAUUAGGGGCUGGGCCCCUCAAGUACUGAUAUUAUCGCACGCUUCGGUAGGAGGGUUCUUGACCCACUGCGGGUGGAACUCGACGCUCGAAGGGGUUUGUGCGGGUGUGCCGAUGAUAACAUGGCCUCUGUUUGCAGAGCAGUUUUACAAUGAGAAGCUGAUUGUUCAGAUGUUGAGAAUUGGUGUAAGGGUGGGAGCGGAGGCUGCUAUCCAUUGGGGGGAAGAGGAGAGGUUUGGAAUAUUGGUGAAGAGGGAGGACGUGAAGAGAGCAAUAGAGGAGGUGAUGGAUGGCGAAGAGGAAGGAGAGGAAAGGAGAAGAAGAGCAACAGAGCUUAAGGAAAUGGCGAAGAGGGCAGUGGAGGAAGGUGGGUCUUCUUUCCUCAACGUUACACUGUUAAUUGAUGACAUCAUGCAGCUGCAAGCGGCUGGUCAAACCAAGACAUGAGCAAAUUAAGGCGUUGGUGACUUACCAGGAAGUGUAGAAUGCAGCCUUCUAGUUCUAGCAUUACAGACUAUCAACGUUUCACUUGCCAAUCAAGGAAAUUAAAAAAGAGGCACAAGACAAAACGUGAAACGUAAUGAUUUGAUCAACAAGUUUCUUUUGUGAUCUGCUUGGUAAGGUGAAUUUGAAUCUCCUUAUUUAGAUUUAAAGGGUCCAAAUAUAAUUUACUAUUUCGUUCAAAUUUUUAAAAUGUGAAUUGGAACUUGCGUGAAAUAUCUCAUGUAUUUUAAAGUAUCAAAUAUAUGAGUUUGAUAUUAUAUGGAAAA